AUGACGGAGCAACAGGAGCCAAGAGUACGAUCGGCCAUCAUACAACGGUCGACUAAUGAAACAAGUAUUUCACUAGCGCUAAAUAUAGAUGGAGGAGAAUUCCCGGCAGUCACUACCGAAAAAUUGAUGUGCGAGCUAGACGGUCAUGCAACGCAAGCAUCCCAGAGUCAGAUUAUCUCGAUCCACUCGGGGAUUGGGUUUCUUGAUCAUAUGUUACAUGCGCUGGCGAAGCAUGCUGGUUGGAGUUUAGCUCUUCACUGCAAGGGAGAUCUUCACAUCGAUGAUCAUCAUACAGCAGAAGAUGUCUGUCUAGCAUUAGGAGAAGCAUUCAAUGUGGCACUAGGAACCAAGAUGGGCAUCGCACGAUUUGGAAGUGCUUAUGCGCCACUUGAUGAAGCUCUCUCACGCGCCGUCGUGGAUAUUUCCAAUAGACCCUACUGCGUUUCCGAAUUGAAGCUUCAACGUGAAAAGAUUGGUGACUUGAGUACUGAAAUGAUUCCACAUUGUAUGCAGAGUUUUGCGCAAAACGCUAGGAUUACAUUACACGUACAUUGUCUCCAUGGAGACAACGAUCAUCAUAAAGCAGAAUCUGCGUUUAAGGCCUUAGCAAUAGCUUUACGGGCAGCAACAACGGUCAUCCGUGGAAAGGAAAAUGAUGUUCCAAGUACUAAGGGUACGCUCAGUGUUUAA